GUAUAAAUAGACUGAGACGGACACGGAGGACAAACACAUCUCCCUGAGAGCUGAGACGUCAGGUUUCCUCCUGCUGAGAGUCUCCUCCGAACUCCAACUCCCCGACGCUUGUACCGUGGGGCUCCAUGAUGUCUAAACCAGACAUGCUGCUGCUGCUUCUGGCAGUCGCUGCCAGUCAGCUCGACCUUUCUGUCUCCAUGGCUGUAGAGACGAACAUCAGCGCGUGUCCCAUCACCUUUUAUGGCUUUGAAUUCACGGAGAUGCAUGUGUCCUACAACAACUCGUUGGCCAAGAUCUGCUUCGGCUCGUCUGGGAAAGAGUGCCUCCUGUUUAAGGAUCAAAACAUCGACGGCGCGACCGUGGAGAUAAAGUCUAACACAACAAACAACAGCUCAUCAGUCCACCAGGCUCUGCCGGCCUUCACGUCUGCCUCCAGCUGCUGGGUUGAAGUUGCUCUGCAUCUUAGAACAAAUGUGCACCUGCUGGUUUCAAUGUACAACUUUGGAGUCCAAACAGCUGUACAAGUCACUGCCACAAUUCUCUACAACGAGACACGCGUUAACGUGACGGCGGUGGUGGAUGAAACCCUCCUGGGUUCAUGGUCCUUUGCGACGGCUGAAGCACAGAACGAUGUUUUCUUUGAUGUGAGCGGAUGCAGACUCUCAGAAGGCCCAGUGCCUGCCUCUUCAACAGUAUCCAUUAAAGAAACCUGCUCCACUUUAGAAUGCAACGCAUCUGCAGUCCUCACAACCAUCAGCUCUGGGUGUCCUCCAUCCAGGGAAGUGUGCACGGUCAUCGGCUCCACCGUCGUCAAUUUCUACAGCCGAGUCUACACCAUCACAAACAGGUGCAUGUAUAUUCUGUUCAGACAUCGAACUUUCGUUGUCUCUGCGGCUUUCCUGGAGCGCCACCGUCGGGACGUGGUGUUUCUGGACCAUCUGAUUCUGUGGCUGGAAAAAGAGUCCGUUCGAAUAACUCUGGAGCAAGGAGGGAGGGUUAUGAUUGGAGACCAAAUGCUGGCCCUCAAUAGCUCCGCUCAGCGGGUUCACGGCUUGGAGUUCUCAAAGGACAGGAGCGUAGUCACUGUGAACAUCCCCGCCGCCAGCAUGCAGAUCCUGUUUGAUGGCAUCACUGCACAUGUGGCAGGAGGUGGGGUUUCAGAUACGGGUUUAUGUGGCAACGCCAGCGAUUACCAUGACGUAAUAACCCUGAGUGCAGCCAAGGACUUGGAUCUCAGCUCCCCCGGAUGUGAGACUGAGUACAGAGACCCCGUCAAACCUAUGGUCAACUGCAGCGACAUAACUGAACACUGCAGUCUCAUGAGGCGGGAGCCCUUCAGCGCCUGCCACAACCACACUGACCCGGAGCCCUUCAUAGACGCCUGCAUAGACACCAUGUGCAAAUACCCAGACGUGGACGGUCACAGCUGCCAGUUCCUGGAGGCCUACGCCGAGUCCUGCCGCCUGCAAAGCGGCGUGACUCUGACGGGCUGGAUGAACACAACCAGCUGCCCUGAUGUCCCUGAGGACUUCUGUCAGGACACGUACUGCAGCCCUCAUGAGUUCUGUGGUGAGAAGUUGUACGGUGACACCCGCUGCUUCUGCCGCGCCAUUUUUGCCUCCAAGUACCAGCCGACUAAUGCUUUAGGUGAACCGACAGUCUGCUUCCAGAACUCUGCCACUCUUACUCUGGCCGGCUGUCUGCUGGAGGACAAAGGCAUCGACUACAAGGUCCUACACCUCAACGACGACACCUGCAGCGGCCUCAUGGACAACAGGACCCACAUGGUGACCUUCAGCUUCGACCGCGUCAACACCUGCGGGACGGAAGUGAUGAUGAACGGAAGUCAAGUCAUCUACCACAACACCGUGACGUUGAGGAACAACUCUUUGAACAGUAUCAUCACCCGCCACGAUCAAGUACAGAUCGACUUCUCCUGCUUCUACUCGAAGCCACAGGACAAGACUGUGGGCUUCAGGAUCAAAGACAGCUCUGUGAUCAUGCAGAUCGUUUCUGGAGUUUGGAAUUACACUCUGAUGAUGAACGCCUACACCGACCCCGGCCACUCGCAGCUGAUUACAUCCAGCAGCGAGGUCCUGCUGAACCAGAAGAUCUGGGUGGAGCUGAAGACACAGGGGCUGGACGACAAGACCGUCUCCAUGGUGAUCGACUCCUGCUGGUCCACCGAGCAGCCGUCGCCUGAGGGGAACCCGAAAUACGACCUGAUCAUGAGGGGAUGCCCCAACCCCGCGGAUAAGACGGUGAGGAUGGAGAACAACGGGAUGGGAACGUCCAACUACUUCUCCUUCAACAUGUUCCAGUUCUCUGGGAAAAGCAAUGACGUCUACUUGCACUGCAAACUGAACCUGUGUCUCAAACAAGGAGCGUCCUGCGCCCCGGUUUGUGGUGCAGGCAGAAGACGCAGAUCUCUCAUGCCUGUGUAUGCAGACACCAACCCAGCCCUCAUCACCAUGGUCUGGACUAAUUAGAUGAUGAUGAGGAGGAGGAGGAACCUGAAGCCUUGUCUUUGACCAUAUUAUUUUACUACUUAAUUAAACGCUGUUAUAGGUGAUAAUCUUUAGUGAAAUUGAAGGGUAUUAUUUUUAUUAAGGAAGUGUUGAGUCAGAUGAUCCGUUGAUGAAAUUUAAAAGCACAACAUGAGGGUGAGAGAAGAACUUUUAUGCUCAUCUCAAAAGAACCUGUGCUACAGGAAGGUUUCAGGUGAAGGUAAAUACUGAUGUGAAUGUUGAAGUUAUUAUAAAUGAAGGUUUUAACCAUGCGUGGACAAUUAUUCUGUCAGUCAGAAUAAAUAAAUAAAUAAAUGAUUUUGAGUGAUUUA